CAGGUUUUAGAAAGGUUGCUCAGAUAACAAUUCUUGCGCGCAAAUUUUGCUUGUCUCGUGCAUGCAAAUUUGUAUGAGAUUUGCCUGAGUUUUGCCCGUAGGAUGUGUUUAGUUCGUGCUUUUGCACGCUCAUGUAUUAAUGUAUAAUUCUGCGCGCAAAUAUCUAACAAUUCACGCACAAAAAUGGCUUAACAACGCAAGCAAAAUCCUAUCCAAGUACGUGGUCGCAAUACUAGAUGUUUGCGCGCAAAAUGUUUUCUGGGUACACAUAAUAAAAAUGUAUGCUAAUAAGAAUCUUAUAAUUUUAUACAAAUGACAAGGGAUCAUUUCCACUAGGGCAAAUUCGAAAAUAAAAAACCACAAAAAGUCACGACGACUUCUCCUACGCUCAUAAAGUAUUUAUCAAAUUAUGAAAUUCUGUGAAUUUCAUAUUGAUUUAUCCUAUGCAUUUCGACGAAACGUUUAAUCAACUUAGAUUUCACCAUCGAGCUUUCGAGAUCCUCGUGCAGCCAUGAAGAUCUACGUCAGUCAAUCACACUACGUCUUUUGCGGGCCACGGGUUCGCCGCGUGCCCUCGGGGCGAAAAACAGGGUGACUUUUUUUUCUACCGCGCCGCCCUAUCCCUCUCGCACCGAUAAUGUUUCUAACAAUAAGUUUCAUAACGUUACGACGGCGAGGCGAGCGGAGACGUGGACGUCAAGAUGUUUGCACUCGUUGGCGGAGUAGAUUGGCGUGGGCAUCCGCGCCAGGUGAACGAAUUCCCCAUGCAAUCCGCCUAAUCUUUCGACCGCGACGGGAUGGCCCACGGGAGUUUCGACCAACGGACAUAAAUAUACGGACGAGAGUCAGCCCGUCGCCAUUCUAGUCAAGGAACUCGCGAACACCGGAGACACUCGCCAACAGGUGAACGCCGCAACAGGUAAGGGAUGAAUUAUCAAAUUGGCACGGAAGGCUACAAAUUUCUCCAUCCUUUGCCACGCCGUGAUUUUAAAUAAAAUCAUAUUUUAUAUAUUGACUAAAGGUGUUUUUUUUAAAUUUUUUCGACUAAUAAUCCCUCUUUAAACCAACAAGAUAGCAAUUAUGAUAAUUCAACGGUUUUUAUUUUGUCAACAGGUAUUUAUAUCGAUCGAGAAUUAAUUUCGAUAAUAAUAGCUUAAAAUAUAUGUUAAUUACAAUAACAAAAUUAUUGGUAAUGCAUUUUAAAUUUGACGAGCUCUGGUUAAUGUACUUUCGACGCGCGUACAAGACGUUAAUUUUAAUUACGUGUUUCUUUAUUCAUUAAGUUUAAUAUCUCCGAGUAAAAGAAUUGAUUGUAUAUUCCUAAAUUUUUGUAACAGUCUUCGUCAUUGAUCGCAACAAAAUACCGCGUACACUUUUUUUUCUACGCAAUAAUUAACAAAAUAGGAUGGAGCAGAAUUGUAUGUCCACAUGACAUUAAUAUUCAUAAUAGUCUUAUUAAUUGGAUGUGACCCUGAACGAGAAAUAUUUUCUUGUAUACUCGAAUAUAUUAUGAUAAAUAUAAAUAGGAAAACUCUGAAAAUAGUAAGAGCGCUUUAACAAAACUAUCGAAAGGUAAUUCUUUUAUAUUGCGCUGCGUCACGGUAUUGAAAAUGUAAUCUAUGUAUAAUAUGCAUAAAUCUUUCAUCUUCCAGCAAUGAAGAAAAUAUUGUUGGCCACAACCUUGCUAUCGAUAGCAGUAUCCGAAAAUAUUCUAAUGGAAAACCACCCAAGACCGAAGACGGCAUGGAUCUGCGACAAGCAGCUGUGGAAUAAGAAAGCAAAGCGAAUACCAUGGAAAGAUAUUCCUUCUAAAAUAGAGGAAUCCUUAAACUAUGAGAACGACAGACAGUUCCCUCGGAUUUCGGACACGCGAUUCAUUGGCGAAUCAAGAAAACUACCCUCAACGAUCAUCAGGCGGCACGAAAUGGAGCGGUUUCCACAGGAUGACUUAUCUUUCGACAAGUCAAAAUUUGACAGCACUAAACCGAGAGUUUUGAUCUCUAUCGGCAUCCAAGAGGAGAAAAACGGGAACGAUUUGCAAGAAAACUGCUCGAAAAGAAAGAGCUAUUGUAAGCAACAUCAAGGCUGGCAGCUUCAACAACCGUUCUACGUGGAGGAGCCAACGUGGGUCGACAUCGAUAUCGACUAUUUAGACUCUUCUCAGCGCAUGGACAACGGUGACCCUUACAUAUUAUCACGAGGAAAGAAAAUUUAUCGAAUUAAGGAUCCGGAACAGAUGGGCAUUGAAGAUUACGAAGCGGCUCUCGGUUACCCGAACAAAAGCAAAAAAUUGUUAAUAAAAAGUCGCGUGAGAAGGUCUGCCGAGACGAACGAUGGAUCUCAGGAUAAAGCAGCCGAUGUAAAGAACAAUCAGAUAAUGGAGAGAAAUCGCUAUAAUUCCCGUCAAGAUCUGAACGGAGAUACAAACGAUGCUGCGAUUGUCGAAAUAGAGAGCAGAGGUGAGGCAUUUUCCAAAAUCGAUAACACAUCGAAAGAAGCCGAAAAGUCGAAGGACACGAGCUACGGUGUCGUUACUAAAAAUUAUGAAAAGGACGAUCCGAGGAAUUUGGCGAAAAGAUCGUUGCAAGGAUUCAAAUUUGCAAAGCAGAAUCGCAUACUCGCGAAAGGCGUAAUUACAGAUUUUGCCGAGCAGAAGCAGGAGAUACAGCGCGAGGAUGUUCCCAACGAUGUUGAAACUGACAGUAGCAAAACUGCGAAAAUCGACCAAGAGAGAUUCAAUGAUAGCAAGAGUCGCUUUGCUAUUAAUAUAAAUAAAAGGAAAAAGUCGGUGUUACUGAAGCUCCCCGAAACCCGUAAGAAACGAGGGCUCUAUGAAAGUGACGCGAAUUCUAAGAAAGACGAGAAGAACGAGACGUACGAUCCGAUGAAGACUGAAGCUUACGUCAACGAGCUGAACGAUCCAGGCACCCGCGAUGACUUUUACACCUUACCCCGAAAUAAAGAUCCGUUUCACAACGAGGUAGAACGCUCGAAUAAAAUAGAUACAGACCGUAACGAAUCCAUCGAGAAAGCAUGGGAACUUUAUUAUGCGCACCGCAAGAAAUUGGAAAGCGAGGGGAAAACGAAGAAUGAGGAGAGCAGAUUUGAAAUUAACAAAGACAAUACAGAAGUGACAGAUUCGCAAUUAACAAGCCAAUCCGACUCGAAGAAUCCCGAGAUGCAGACUUGGAAUUACCGAGAGAAGCGUAAUGUUUGCAAGACCUGUAAAAUUAAAUUGCAGCUGCGACAGGCUGAAUGGCUGGAGGAUAUCGGGAAGAAGCUUCAGGAUUCGCUGUCUUUAGAGCGAAGAGACAAGCACAGCGAUAUUUUGGAGCGUCUAACCGAGCCGUACAUUAUCUCCCGAGGUAAGAAGGUGCCGCUAGACUUCGGGAAGAACCUCUUCUCCCCGAACAACGAGGAUCGCGCUAAAACGACGAGCCUCCCGAUCGCGGAGAGUCUUCUAAGGGUGUUACUGAGAGAAACGUCCAGAUGUAACAACAACAAUUGCGACGUCAACGCGAACCGGCUAGCAAACGAGCGACUGUCACCGAGGGACCGACGCGGCACGCUCGACGAAAUCCUCGCGGCAUACGAUCCGUACUACGUGGCCAGAGGAAAACGAAUGUACCGAGAUGAAAAGGACGUCUCACUCGAAACAAAUGCGCGACAAUAGGCCGUGAAAGACGUGUUCCGCAAGAUAUAAUCGCUAGCUCUACGAGGUGUCUCUCAAAGAUCGCCCGUUAAUUACAUUCACGGCGCUAUUCCUUAUGAAAAAUCGAGAAGUUCUGGACCAUCUUUUUCUCGUGAUGCUUAAUAAAGCAGUGAUUAUUGAGUCAAUCUAAUCGGUCAGUAAGCCGGCACAAAGACGGCGAUUGGAUUGACUUUACUGGACAAUAUUACUGCUUUUCAAUUAAACAUUCGCUUUCUAAACAGGAAACGUUACCGGCGUGAAUGUCGUUAAUAUCGAACUGUUGAGGCCUCUUUGCCGCGGAGCCGAUUGAUUUUCUCGAAGCGCGGUGUGCUUUACUUCUCUUUUAGAUUCAUGUUAUGCUUCACUCCCUUUGCUUAAUGUGUCACGUUGCUCAUCAGUUAACUUUUAACUAUUUGUUACGCGUAAAAAUUAUCGUAAGAAAGUAAGGAAAACUAAAUCACUUAGCGCGCGCAAGUGUUGUUCUAGUUGUAGAAAAAAAAAGAUUCACGAUUUUGCAACUACAUUUGCGAUAAGGAACAGUCUUGUGCAAUUAGUGCGCGAACUUUAAGAAGGUAUCCUGCUUACAAUUAGUACCCCGGUGAGAAGGGCAAGAACGGGGAUGUCAGCGUGACACGACUUGCUUUGGAUCGCGAUGCAAUACGGCAAUCGGUGAAUCGCUGUUUCUCAAUUGACACACGCAUAUUAAAGUAUACAAUGAAUUGUGUAAGAUAGAGAUCUCGUGAAAAAAAAUAAAAGUAAUCUUACUAAAAAUAUUGACGACCACGUAACGCUCGGAGUUUGCACGUACGACACUCCUCUUCCAGUACGAGUACGAAAUUUAACUUGAGAAAAAUCUAUAUACGCAUGCGAUUAAAUCCACGUUUGUAUAAUUUAUUUGCAUUGUAAUUCAGCAACACUUUAUAUGCGCGUACGCGUCAUCGAAUUCGAAGUGGGUGUACACAAAAAGGCGCGUGGAGAGAAUGACUUUCGAUUGUAAAUUACGAAAACGCAAUUUGUAACAUAUGUUAAGAGAACAAAAAUGAAUAUAAACAUUAGAAGUUAACUAGAGUACAUAGUAAUACGUUCCCUGUGUGCAUGAGGACCAGUUAACUCUUUCGCGAGCGCGUUACUUUUCUCGUCCAUUAACUUUUGUCUAAAUAACGUUUUUUUCAGUGAACGCAUGCUAAAUCAUCGAGUCUUUUCAAAUUUUGUAAGACUCACUGUGUCCCAGUGCUCACGAAAGAGUUAAAAGGUGCAUUGUCGGAAAGAUUUUGCUGAAAGUUUUACGAAAUCGGCGAGAAGUGAAAUAAAGUUAUUGAGAAAUGAUCGAGUGCGUCUCAAAACGAGUAAUUCUUUUUAGGAAAUUCAGUGUAACACUGUGGAAUAUAAGGAGAGUUAAAGUAUUCUGUUAAAAAGUAAUAGAACAUUAUAAAAUAUUAGAUAUUAUACAGGGUGUUAAAUUUUAAACGUAACAGGUGGAAUAUUUC